AUCAAUCUUCUUUCAGUAAUUCACCACUUUAAUCAAGGUAUCAGUCAUGAAGCAUAGUGUUUUCUAUGUAUGGCUACAUAGCUGCAUUGUACUUUUGUGUCAAGCAAGGACGUUUUAUGUAAAAGAAGGAGACCCAUUUUUGUGUGAAAUGGAUCUAAACAAAGUAUUCUUUUCGAGCAUUCGAUGGAACUUGAUAACAUUGAAUGGAACAACAAUAAACAUUGCCGAUUGCGAUAAAUCAUAUACUUGCCAAGUAAACUACGAUCGGAGCAACUUUCAGGCGUUACUUCGAGUUAAAGAUUACAACAGUUAUUACCGUUCUGCUGAUAUGUCCAUCACCCUGAAUAUAGAACGCCUAACAAAAGACAUGCAACAUGUAACAUGCUUGUAUGGCUUUGAUCAACAAUCAUUCUUUGAAAGUGUUGUAUGCAGUUUUUCAUUUGGAGUGGAACCAAGCGAUCCAUCUUUUCUCCUAAAAUUCAUUAUCCCAUUGGGAGUAGGGCUGCCCAUUUUAGCAAUAAUAAUAGCAUGUGCCUGUCGCAAACAUAUCCGACUCAAAAGAACGAGGUCUGAAAGAUCUAAUUCACACACCUUGAAUAACCGUGACUCCAUCUUCACUGUACCAGUACCUUCGCAUCAAACAGAGAAUCAUGUCAUGACUAACUCAAACACAGUUCACAUUCCAAGUUUUCGUCCGAUCACCUCGAAUACCCCAGCUCGACACACAAAGUCUAGUCGAAACAAAUCCGUUCGUCCUGCUAACACUUCGUCAAAUUUGAAUAAGAGAGGUCAGGUUAUUAAUAACUCCAACACGGCUUCAGUACCUGGUUCGAUUCCGAGCGUCUCGAAUACUUCGUAUCAUCACACACCAUCUUGCCUAGACUCAUCCGUUCGUCCAGUUCAUCAAACGUCCAACCUGAAUCAAAGAGAUACACGGGCCAGCAUGACCGUGCGUGAUUAUCACGCACCAUCUCACCUACACGCAUCCUUUUGUCCAGAUCAUAAUACGUCCAACCUGAAUCAAAGAGAUACACGGACCAGCAUGACCGUGCGUGAUUAUCACGCACCAUCUCACCUACACGCAUCCUUUUGUCCAGAUCAUAAUACGUCCAACCUGAAUCAAAGAGAUACACGGACCAGCAUGACCGUGCGUGAUUAUCACGCACCAUCUCACCUACACGCAUCCUUUUGUCCAGAUCAUAAUACGUCCAACCUGAAUCAAAGAGAUACACGGACCAGCAUGACCGUGCCUCAUUAUGACCCGCCAUCCUACACAAGUCUGUACCCUGGACGUCAAACAACCUCACAGUACCACGUCCAGCCAUAUCUAACAACAACACAAACAAACGCUGCUCUACAUGUGUGUCCUACAUGCCAAUCUACUGUGCCGACAUAUUAA